AUGACCUUUGGAAAUUUGAACAAAUGUGUAAUAGCAGCCUUAAGGACUGAGGCUCAUCAAGAAGGAAUUGAAAGAAAGAAUCUGGCCCGAGAAAGAGGAAAUGAUAGGAAAAUGAACAAGAAGAACCAAGGGCAAUGGCUAUCCCAAGGACAACAACUUAAUGGGAGUAGUAAUAGUAGUGGAUCUUCAGGAAAGACUCGAAUUGGGCCGUAUGGGUGUUUCAGUUGUGGCCAACAGGGUCAUAAGAAGAAAGAUUGCCCACAACGACAACAGAGGUUCCAACCAUCACAUGGAGGAUCCAUAGGGAGUUAUGCUAGGUCUACUCCUUUCACAGGACAACCUAAGAGUAACCAGUCUCAGACUUCAUCCUAUGGUUUCACACCCACACCAGGGCAGCAACCCCAAUAUCAACAUCAGUUCAAGCCCCAAGGUUUAGGAUUCAACCAGGGGUACUCACAGAGUUUCCAAACUCCUAUUUCUGUUGGAAGUCAGAGAGGGUUCAAUCAAGGAGGAGGUUCUGGUGCAAGCACAAAGCAUCAUGGUCAUGGAAAAGGGAAAGCAAAGGAAAAAGCCUCUGGCCAAGCCUAUGCUCUUGGUGGUGAUAAUGCGCAAGUAGGAUCAUGCCAUGGAGUUUUGGAUGGGCAUAAUUUAUUAGGAAGCCUGAUGGUGUUACCUAUGGGACAAUUUGAUGUGAUUCUUGGCAUGGAUUGGUUGUCUAAGUACCAAGUCAUUGUAGAUUUCUCACGAAAAAGGGUGACUCUUUUAACUCCAAGUGGAGAUUUCAUUAUAUAUUGGGCCAGCAUGAAAGCAGUAAGGCACAAUCCUAUCCUUAAGGCAGGUUUUGGUGGGAAAAGAAACUUAGAGUGUUAUGGGAGUCUGUUUGCAAUCAAGGAUGAGUCUAGGCCUCUAGACAAGUUUCCUUGGAUAUCAGUGGUUAGUGGUUUUCCAGAUGUGUUUCCUGAGGAUUUGCAAGGACUACCACCUGAUAGAGAGAUCGAGUUUUGCAUUGAUUUGAUUCCCGGGACUCAACCAGUUUCUACUACACCUUAUCGCAUGGCACCUGCAGAGUUAGCUGAAUUGAAAAAGCCAUUGGGUGAGCUAAUGGAUAAAGGUUACAUUAGAAACAGUACUUCUCCCUGGGGAGCUCCAGUUUUGUUUGCCAAGAAAGCUGAUGGAUCCUUGCGACUGUGCGUCGAUUAUCGGAAAUUGAAUCAGAUGACAAUUAAGAACAAGUAUCAUUUGCCAAGGAUAGAUGAGUUGUUUGAUCAGCUCGGAGGUUCAAAGUGUUUCUCCAAGAUUGAUUUGAGGUUAGGCUAUCAUUAA